AUGUUUCGAUAUUCUCAUCCCUCUAGAAGUCAUAUUUCAAUGACUAAACAAAAUAUGGGGAUUGCUAAAACAACAAAUGAUUCUGUAUAUAAUAAUAAUAGUAGUAAUAAUGUUAAUGAUUCAGAUGAGGAUGAAAACAUAAUAGGUCCUCCUAAAUUAAGUAAUUUUGGAUCUGCAUUGUUAAUUGAUCAAAAUCAUAGUUCAACAUUUACAAAAUUUCAAGAUUGUAGAAAUAAUAAGCAUUCACAACUAUUAAACAAUGAAUAUAGAGUACAGCAUACAAUGCCAGAAUUGGAUGAGUUAAUAAAUCAAGAAACUCCUUCUCCUUCUUCAUCUUCCUCAAUAUUUGCAAAUACUAUUAAUCAAACUUCUAUUAGACCAACAAGCGUAACGACAAUACAUAAUACUAGUAAUAACAAUGGUAAUAGUAAUAACCAUAUAACAAAUAAUAUUAAUAAUAGUUAUAGUAAAAUAUUUUAUGAUACUGAAAUGAUACAAAAAUUGAAGCAAACAAUGACAAAAGACGAGCUGCUUUUGAGUGAAAAAAUAUUAGAAAGAAGAAAUAAUAGAAGAUUAUCCAGAACUUCAUCAAAUCAUUCGACAUUGAAUUUUAACACCUCUCAUACAAAGGAAUUAGAACUAUCAGGCAAUAUUUCAAGUAAUAUUAGCAACAAUAAUAAUAAUUUAAUAGUAGCGACAAACUCUAAUGAUAAUUUUCAAAGAUUGAAAGCGUUGCAACAAAGUUUAAAAGAGGAAGUGACAUCUAAAUAUAUGGAAAGGCGAAGUAAAAGAUUCCUAAAUGUGAAAAGAAUGAGUAGAUUAGGACCAGCCAAGAGGGCUUCAGAGCUUGUUGGUAUAGAAAAUGAAUAUAUGCUGAUGGAUUCAGAUUCUAAGGCUAAAGAGGUUAUAACGAGCAUAAGUGAUUAUACUACUAAAGGGGAUAAUAAUAAUAAUAAUGAUAAUAAUAAUAAUGUUGAUAUUGAUGGAAAAUUGGAUAGUAAGCAUGUAAUAGAUGAUUCUAAAUUCACAAAUGACUAUUCCAAUAUCGAUUUUGGAGAUUUGAAUCCAUUACAAUAUUUGAAAAAGCAUAAUAUUCCUACAACAGAAUUACCUCAGAUUGCCAAGAUAUAUUUUCAAACUCAGAAGAGGGGGAAUAGAGCUACAGCUAUUAGAAAGAGAUCAUUGACGCCUGUUACUAGUCAAAAACUACUUGAAGAAGGUAAUGGCAAAAAUAUUUUGAGGUCAAGGAUGGAUAUAUCCAAUUCUAACGAUAAGGAAAAUGAUAUAAAGAACAAUAACAAAUUACAGAUUGAAAAACAAGGUAUUAAUAUUCAACAUAGAAAUUAUGAUACGGAUAAGUUAUCAAAGAAACGUGAAGCAUUAUCUAGCAUUAAUAUUAAUAAAAAGGAACCAGAUUUCAAAAGAAUGAAAAGUGAUCCAGAUGAAUUAAAGAGUAUGGUUGAUGAAGAAAAAAAUGUUAAAAAUCCGGUUCAUAAACCUAUGAAGAAAGUAGAGAUUCAAGAGCCUACUGCUUCCAAACGUUAUCAUUUACAAAAUUCACUACGAGACGAUAAUAUUAAUAGUGGUAACUAUGUUGGACAUAAUGGUAGGAAUCCAAUUAUAUUAGUAAAUGAUACAGAAUAUGAAAAAGUGGAAUUAUUGGGUCGUGGUGGCUCUUCAAAAGUUUAUAAAGUUAAGGGACCUUCAAAUAAAAUUUAUGCGUUAAAAAGAGUAGCAUUUGAUGAAUUUGAUGAAUCCUCAAUAAAUGGAUUUAAAGGUGAAAUAUCCUUAUUAGAGAAAUUAAGAAAUAAGGACCGUGUUGUUCAACUAUUCGACUACGAAAUGAAUUCAGGUGUACUGUAUUUAAUUAUGGAGUGUGGUGAUUAUGACUUGUCAUAUGUACUUAAUCAAAAAUUAAAAUCACCUUUAGACAUCGAAUUUAUUAGGUAUUAUGCUAGAGAAAUGGUUAAAUGUGUAAAAGUAGUUCAUGAUGCAGACAUUGUUCAUUCGGAUUUAAAACCAGCGAAUUUUGUAUUUGUAAAAGGGAUACUAAAAAUUAUUGAUUUUGGUAUUGCUAAUGCAGUUCCUGACCAUACAGUUAAUAUUUACAGAGAGACUCAAAUUGGCACUCCAAAUUAUAUGGCACCGGAAGCAUUAGUAGCAAUGAAUUAUACCAAUGAUAGCAGUGGGCAGACAGGAAACAGAUGGAAAGUUGGGAAACCAUCAGAUGUAUGGUCUAUUGGCUGUAUAAUAUAUCAAAUGGUAUAUGGUAAGCCACCUUAUGCAGGAUUUCAGGGGCAAAACAGAUUACUGGCAAUUAUGAAUCCGGAAGUCAAAAUUAUGUAUCCCGAUAAAACUUCUAAAGAUAAAGUUAUUCCUAGAUCAGUAAUUGAAGUAAUAAAGGAUAGUCUUCAUAGAGAUCCUAACAAAAGAUUAACCAUAGAUGAAAUGUUACAAACUGGAUUCUUUAACCCUAUAAUGGUAUCAGAAUCAUUUAUAAGAAACUUGAUUAAGAAUGCAGUCUAUUUUGGUUGUGAACAAAAUGAAGUAUCUGAUAUACAGAUUGAUGACUUGGCAAGUGAUGUUAUUAAUAGACUAUCAGAAUUUAGAAUAUAA